AAAACUUUGAUCAGGAAUAUGGAGGGCUAGGAGAUAAUGUCGCUACUAAAACAUACGAGCUGCCUAUAUCGCAUAGCUCGUCAUUUAGAUUCUUCGAACGAAUCUGAAUGACGAGACACGCCAGGGCUCCAAACCCAGGUUGACAGCAAGCCUUCCAUGCCAGAGAAACCGAAGUGUGUCUGGAAAAUGACGCGAACUCUCUUGGUUUUGUCCACCUCGAGGAAGACUUCUGCCGCCGGUGAAGUCUGGACUUGUUCACCGUCGCACAAUGUCAACUCAGGAAAAGUAUUUCUUUUGCACUCCCUCAGUGGGAGAAUUGUCCAUACGCUCUGACGAGCAAUUUCAUACCGGCAACUACUUCCAACAACAGAGAAGAUGAAAUCUGGAAGGCCUCGAACGAUGUAGGUCCCAUAAAUCACAAGUAGAAGUUAAGUCCCACAAGAGAGAUGGAGAGGGAGAUAAAGAGAUAGAGAGAGAAGAAGAUCGUUUCUCCUGUCUCUUCUCACUUGAAACAAACUACGAUCGCUGCGCUGGUGGGUUAAUUGUACACAACGAGCCCCCAAUGGAGCAGUACUUAAGAACAUAACCUUGUAAGCACAUCAUUCGUCGUUCCCAGCUGUUCGUGGCACUCAUACUGUGUGCUUUAUGUAUGUAUGAUGUUGGUCUCUGCGAACACAAAGGCUAUUGGGCUACAGCACCAUCAGUGAUACAAACGUUGUGGGGCAGCAAGAGGUCGAGUUCUCUAGGAGAUCAGGCUUGUCUUGAAGGGCUAAGGGCAAGCAAAUUGCAGGGAUGGAUUGGACUCGUUCAAGAGAGGGAUAAGCGAACGAUGUAGUGAUAUGAUGAGGGUGAAGAUCCUUCGUCUCUUAUAUUUCCUGUACAGACGAUGACAAGGGGAAAGGGUUGAACUUCGAUAAUAACACUGCGAACAUUGAGUGAAUUUGCGGGCUUUGUUACUCUUUUUCGUCUGCUUGAGCUACCUCUGAUCUUCUUUCCUCCUUUUUUAGCCCAUGGUCUUGAUCAACAGCUUCUCCUCCCGUUUUUCUUUCACCUUCUGCCUGCAAUUGUUGCAGUUGAGAAGCUUCUUGUACCUCGCAGGCCAAAGUGAGUGCAGCUUGCUGGAACCUCAUGACGAAGCUGUGGAUGGCCGACAUCCCAUAUUCGACCUGAAACCACGAAUUUCUCUGGAGGAAAUCAUGGAGCCCAUUGGUGCUGUGCCUGGCAUCUUGCCAAGCUCUGAGCACCGACUCAUAUUCUGCUUCAGCAUCGAGUAAAAAGCUCAUCCACCGCGACAACGUAGAUGCUCCUUCUGUAAGUUCCCAGCUCUCAACUUCUCUUCGCAGAUGGCUGAGUUCCGAUUCCAUGUCGUCUAAAUUCUUCAGAAGCGCCCGUAUCUCAUCGGCAAUCGUCGCCAAGUUUCCAGCUGUCUCAUUGCCGGAUUCGAGAUGGGGCAGGGUUUUGUGAAACUCUAGCAACUCUGGGUACUUUUCUGCAAUAUACUUGACGAGACGGAGGAGGAGUUUGUCGUGCAAGUCGUACAAGAAGGGAGGUUCUUCUUGAUGGAGAGUAGCUUCAGCUUGCCAUGGAUAUUAGGAGUUUUCAGGAGGGCCGCGAGCUUGUCCUGUGCACUGUCUGCACCCCCUUCCUCCUGGACUAGAUUUUUGAACACGUCAAGCUCGUUCUUCGAGGGACAGAGACUGAGAAAGGUUUUCAGAUGGUUGGCAUCAGUCGUCGGGUCAUCCGAGGUGAAGAUUGAGUCCAGCAGAUUUACCUUGGGCAGCUGCAGAGCUCUUUGCUUCUCCAGCUGAAUCUCGGCCGCCGUGGUCUUGAAGCAUUCCACAAAGUUGAGAAAGAUGGCGACAAUCGGUUCGUCAUCAUCCAGGUAUCCUUUGCGGCGUCUGUAGGAGUCAGCCUCCAGACGGAACAGCAGGUUUCGCGUACUGCUCUCCACCUGGAAAAGAAAGAGGGAUAAGUUCUGAAGAUCCUGCUCGCCUUCAGCGAAGAAUGCAUCCAUCAUCUCUUGAGUGCUCUUCUUCUCCACGCAAUCUCUGAUCGGAUGUUUCCACAGCACGAAGGCCUCGUCGAACUCGGCACGCAGCUGAAGAAAUUCCUUCUGAUGAGACCUCCAGGACCUGACCUCGGAGCCGACUGCAUCUUUCAGGCAGGGAAUCUCGCUGUCGAUGCUGAAAUCCAUCAAGUCAGCUGACUCUCUGGACAGAUUCCUGCAGAGCUCAAGCAUGACCGACGACUGCUUGUUGCCAGCAGCCCUGAGCUUUUCAUAACCAUACUCGAUUCUGCGUGAUUUUGCACGAUGUUCCUCCUCCGCCGUCUUUAACUUUUCAACACCACUAUGCUGCCAUUUAUGGGAUGAAACCCAGCUCAGUGGUGAAGGAAGAGGAGGAGAUGGAGGCGGAGAUGGGGAAGGCAGUGAAGAACAUCCUUGCUUCGAGUCCAUGUCGCAGGCUUGAUACACUUCCGGUGAAGUCGACCGUCGAUCCACAUUGUCAUGACCUAGCCAACUGUAAUGAGGGCAGCGCUCGUUUACCUCGACGUGCUGCAUAUUCCACAGGACAUCUGCUCGAGACGCUGGAGGAAGUUGUGUGGAUGGUCGUGGGUAGGCAAUCUUCGUCUGCUGCUCUGCAUCUUCCUCUCCUUGGGCCGCCGCUGCUGCUGCGUGACUAGCAACUUCACGGGAGUGAAAGUGAAGCAGGUUCAAAUGCGAGGGAGUAGGAGAGGGAGGGGGAGUUGGGGGUAGAGGUGGAGAGAUCGGCCAGAGCUUGUGUCCAGGAUGUGGAAGAACUUGAAAUCGAAUCGACGGCUCGGGUCGAGGAGCAUGUGGAUGGGACGCCCAGUCUUUGUGGACAUGACUGGUGGGGAUCAUGUCCAGGACCCAUCUCAGCUUGGCAGAGCGCAUCGCAUCUCUGCACACUCGGCUCAGAAGGAGCAAAUCUUUAGACAGCUGCGACACUCGAUCCCGGAAGUUAAGCUUGAAAUGGACGUUUUCGAGAAUUUGGUCUGCGAAAGGGAUAUGAAUCAUCUGCACAUAAAGCUCUGCUACUGCCCUGGAAAUCUUCGGGUCCAUCGCACAGUCGCCGAACCUGCCCAUCUGGUCACUCGUCGGGAAGAGCUUCAGCACAUUGUCUAGCGCUUCCUCCUCCAAGCUCGACACAUCAUGGCUCGUGAAAGCGGCAAGAAUCUCUUCCACAGAACACUUCAUGGACGUCUUAGUGCCGUGGCGCAGCCCAGGCAAGGGCGGAAGGCAUCCUUGAGCCAUCAUUCGCUCCUGCAACUUCUGGGAGCGCAGUCUCGAUUCCUGCGGUUGAUAUAUGAAAUUUUUUGGUCCUCGAUCGGGCGAGAUCUACAUUAUGGCACGUACAAUUCAACGAUGGAAAUCUGAAUCCCUUCUCUACGUUCCAAUCACGAGAUCGAGGUUUUACAACCGAAGAAGAUGCUCUACAUCUUGGUUCAGCUGAAGGAGGUCCCCUAUUUAAACUUUUCGAGGCUCCAGAUAACUGGCUGUAGAUCCAAAAAGACGGGAUUCAACAUGGUGACCGUGCACACACACUGGUUCUCGGACUCCGAAAUACUGGCAUCGGAACAUACCAUCGAUCCGGACAUUCCUGUUCAAUGACCCUUCGAGCCUUUGCUAGGCAGUCUCUUCAGACUUUUUAUGUUCUUGUUCUCGCCAUCCCUAUGUCUGGAAUUUGGUGUACAGUCUCGAUCGAGCUUCUCCAGAUCGAUGACGGAGAGUAUGUGGCAAGAGUCGUGCUAGACCCCACAGGUACAGAUAAUAAGAUGACGAUAUAU